GUAGUGGGACUCCGUCUCUGUCUGUAAAUGUAAUGCCGUAUAGCCCUUCAAUUUUCGAAGCUAUUUCGUAAAGGUUUUUCUUUAUUUCCUCAACCAUUUUCCACUUUUAAAAUUAAAAAAACAAAACAGCCCCCUUUUUUUAAGGUUUAAAAGGCUAAAACAAAUUUUGGGGUUAUGUUGUUGUAACAAACAGCUGUUUUGUUUUUCGUCUUUGUCUAAUUUUAUUGGUUAAAAAAGGACAAAAAAUUAAAUAACACGCUGGCGCCAUCUAUUAUAUUUGAUUCGAAAUUCAAAAUGUUAAUUUUUAACCAAUCACAGAUGGGGAAAGUUUGAAGUUUGUAAUAUAAAUAAUACAAAAUUAAUUGUUUAAAUAUUUAAAUAUUGUUCAGUGUUGUUUCAGCUACGCAAGUAUGAGUUUCUAAUCUUCAACAGUAACUUUCACUUUAUUUAAAUUCUCGUUUGUGUGACAGUGUAUGUGAAUAUCAUGGAAAUCGAAGAGCCCCAAAUCCUCCUGGAAGAAACUUUUUACGUUUUAUCCAAAAAAUCAGACACGUUUAAAGUCCGUCUGACCCCCAAAGGUUUGCACUUGAUACAAGACCCAUUGAAAGAGCAAUUAGUCCUUCUAAAAGACAUCAUAGGAUGUCAGUGCUUACGAGGCAAAAAACGCUCUACUAGAAAUAAUUGCACUUGCCAGUCCUUACCAAGAUCCGACAGUUUACAAGUUGUCGAAGAAAACUCCUCUGAAAAGGACGACACUGAUGUAAGCGCUUAUUUGUAUAUUUACGCUUACAUUUUCCAAGGCCCCAAAAAACGUGAAAGAAAUAUAAUAACCUUAAGGUUUAGGUCUUUUGAUAAGCACGAGGAUAACCAUAAGGAGGCCCAAAGGUGGCGGUGCGCAAUCAAAAACUUAAUCAAAGGUGAACCAUUAAGUAAUUUGAAUGAGUCAAAGCAUAGGGAGACAAGAAGGCUGUUGGUGCUUUGCAAUCCUAAAAGUGGGGCCGGCAAAGGCAAGCAAAUAUUCCAACAGAAGGUGGCCCCAAUAUUGAACGAAGCGGAGAUUCCUUAUGAUUUGUACGUGACCAAGCAUUUCAAUUUUGCCAGGGAUUUUGUCAGGUGCAAUAAUUUGUUUCAGUGGACUGAAAUUAUUGCGGUAGGCGGCGACGGUAUAGUUUUCGAAAUAAUCAACGGCAUCUUCGAACGUCCGGACUGGGCGCAAAUAAUCAAAUCCAUACCCAUCGGAGUGGUACCCGGAGGUUCCGGCAACGGCCUGGCUCGCAGCAUAGCGCACCACUCGGCCGAACCCUAUUUACCAGCGCCUACUUUACCAGCAGCUUUAGCUGCAGUCAGGGGUACCAGCGAAUCCAUGGAUUUGGUUCGAGUCGAAACCGUUUCUCAGAUUGUCUAUUCGUUUUUGUCUAUUGGAUGGGGGUUGUUGUCUGAUAUCGAUAUCGAGAGCGAGAGGUUGAGGGUACUAGGCGGUACCAGGUUUACAGUAUGGUCGCUGGCACGUCUCAUUGGUCUGAGAUCUUACAAAGGAAAGCUGUGGUACCUUCCUGCAUCGACUGUGCCGGUUUCUUAUAAUUCCAUCAACAGUGAAAGAGAAGGUAGUACUUUGGAUUUUCCUGCCGAAAUACAUUUGGAGACGGAAGAAGGAAGGCCAAGGGUAGACUCAUGGUAUAGUGCUCAUUCUAGACGUAGUGCCUAUUUUUCGACCGGUGGUAGUUCAUAUCAAUCGACCACAGAUAGCGGAUUAGGAGACGGAGAUUUACCUUCAACAGUCACAAAUAGGCGCAUGUACGGACCAGCGCCUCAAUUACCAAGCGUAACAGCGCCUUUACCGGAAAAUUGGAAAUGUAUCGAAGGCCGAUUUGUGAUGGUUCAUGCCUCAUAUCAGACCCAUUUAGGCGAAGAUUGCUUGUUUGCACCUGAAGCUCGCUUAAACGACGGCCGUAUUUGGUUGCUGAUAGUCAAACACGGUGCCAGCAGGUCUCAAUUACUUCAAUUUCUUUUAGGUUUGACUACCGGCGCACACGCCAACGAAAACAGAGACGCCAGUAGCUAUAUUGAAUUGAUUCCGGUCAAUGCUUUCAGGAUAGAGCCCGAUAUGGGACAAAAUGGGUACAUAACUGUGGAUGGAGAACAUGUCGAGUACGGUCCAAUUCAAGCUGAAAUAUUUCCGGAACUUGCCCGAGUGAUGGUUCCCUGAUCCGAACAUUCCGUUUCGCUCGUUAGAAACGCUAAAAGGCUUAAGAAAAAAUCGAAGGUUGUGAUUCUGUCCACCAUGGAACCUCUCUUAAUCAGAUUAAAAUAUAUUUAGAAUUAAUUGGGGAUUUUCUGAUCCCACUUGUAAACAAUACUCAAGAUAUUUGUAAAUAUGGGGCUGUGAAAAACUAGUCGCAUUUUAGACGUUGCCUUUAAUUCAAUUUUGACCUCAAAAAUAUCAAAUGUUGCAUUUAUUAAAUCAAAAAGCUGUUUAGGUUUAAGUAAUUUCCAAUUCCGAUAUAAAUCAAAAUAUUAAUUAUUAUUAUGCCAAAUUAGGUUUAACUAUAAAUAUUGUACAUUUUUUCUUGUUGUCCAAUUUUUAGUGUCUAAUGAUGGUUGAUAAUAAAAUGUUUGUUUUUUUUAUUUUUUGAAUUCAAUUUCCUGUCCUAAUUUUAGGUAUAAAUCAUUCCCUAAAUAUAAUCAAAAUCAAAUUAUAUUUCAAAGAAAAAUUACAUAUACAAUUGUAUAUCAGUCACUGGAAAAAAUUUGUAUUAUAAAACUAAAAUUAAUUAUUAUUAAUGCCACACAAGAAUGUAUCAAAAAAAUACAAUUAUUAUUUGAUUUGUAUUUUUUCGAUAUCGUCUAAAAGUUUGCACAUUUGGUCGUCCAACUGUUCGGCGGGCUGAGAGUCCAAAGAGACUUUCAUCAGUUGUAGUUCGUCUACGUUUACCCUGUUUCGGUUCAGUCUUUCCAUUUUUUCUUCCACUCCACGGAUGAGGAAGGAUAAUAGUAAAUCCACUAC